GGCGGGACUUCCGGUUUUGCCUGAGACGAGGAAGCUGUCGUGUCCCUCCUCGUCCUCCCCCCGCCUCAGCUCCACUCCUCCAAUAAACUAUACCAACUCGGACGCGACAAGUUUCUCCCGCAGCUGAGUCGAACCGGGGAGCGGCUCGUUUCGGACUCCCGGCCGCCUGUCGUCCAACUGUUGACGGUUGUCAUCGAGGGAAUGAGUCCCGGAGGAGGAAGUGUGCUCAUCUUCAGGGUGAGAAAGCGUCUCAACUCCUGCAAAACCCACCAAACUGUUCUGUAACGACAGCAAAACGCGGGGUUCGGGUGAAAGUGAGGUUUACGUGGGUUCAGCAGCCAGAGUGGGAGGAAAGGGUUUGAGAGCUGAGGAUCAGAACUUUUCUCCAGGAUGAGUCCACUUUCACUCAAACAGCUGUUUAGGAGCUAAGUCAACAGAUGGAUGGAUCUUUGAAACAGAACCCAGACCAGCCUUCCUGUAUCCCGUUCCUUUAGACUGAAACCAGGUCAGCCCUUUCUCUUCACACCCAGCCUGUCUCUCACCCUUCCUUCUGCCAUGUUCCGAAGAAAAGGCUCUCUGAUAUUCUGUGGUGCCAUCCUGUUCAUCGCCUGGAACGCCCUCCUGGUGCUGUUUCUGCUGGGCAGAGGUCCAUCGGGCCAAUCGGGCGAGGGUAGCAGAGGUGUGGUGGAAAGGCCCACCGAUGAUCUGGUGGGAGAAGUGAUCCGCAUAGCUGACGCUUUUGAGAUGGAGCUGGAGAAACAGAGGGAAAUCCUGAUCCAGGUCCUGAAGCAUCGGCCGCUGUGGGAGCAGAAACGACCAACGGUCAAGGCCCCAAGUCAGCCUGUCAUUCCCAUCCUGGUGAUCGCCUGUAACAGGGUCACCAUCCGACGCUGCCUGGAUAAACUCCUGGAGCACCGACCGUCCACAGAGCUGCACCCAAUCGUCGUGAGUCAGGACUGCGGGCACGCUGAGACCGCAGAGGUGAUCCGCUCCUACGGGGAUAAGAUCACUCACCUGAAGCAGCCGGAUCUGUCAGACAUCGCCGUCCAACCGGAGCACAAGAAGUUUCAGGGCUACUACAAAAUCUCCAGACACUACCACUGGGCUCUCAGCCAAGUUUUCCAGAACAUCUCCUACUCCUCUGUUGUAAUAGUAGAGGAUGACCUGGAGGUGGCACCAGACUUCUUUGAGUAUUUCCGAUCGCUGCUGCCACUCCUGAAGUCUGACCCCAACCUGUGGUGUGUGUCUGCCUGGAACGACAACGGUAGGGACGGCUUCGUGGAUCCUGGCAAGGCAGAACUGCUGUACCGGACAGACUUCUUUCCAGGCCUGGGGUGGAUGAUCCUCAGGGAAUUAUGGGAGGAGCUGGAGCCUAAGUGGCCCUCUGCAUUCUGGGAUGACUGGAUGCGUCAUCCGGAGCAGCGCCGUAACCGUGCCUGCAUCCGGCCGGAGAUCUCCCGGACGUUAACGUUCGGCCGGCAGGGUGUGAGUCUGGGUCAGUUCUACGAUAAGUACCUGCGCUACAUCAAACUCAACACCGAGUUUGUGCCUUUCACCAAGCUGGAUCUGAGUUACCUGGGGGAGCAGGUGUACAGGGAGCACUUUGAGAAGGAGGUGUAUGGUGCUCCUGUAGUUUCAUACGAAGAUGUGAAGCAGGGUCAGCUGACAGGAUCCGGUCCUUUCCGCCUUCAGUACUCCAGUAAGGACAGCUUCAAAGUCCUUGCCAAAAACCUGGGAAUCAUGGAUGACUUGAAGUCUGGAGUACCGAGGACUGGAUACAGAGGGGUGGUCAGUUUCUUUUCAAGGGGGCGUAGGAUCUACUUGGCCCCGCCUCCUGGCUGGACCCAGUAUGAUCCCACCUGGAGCUGAUGAUCCAGAUUAGCUUUCCAAGUGCUGUAGCCUUUGUUUUUUUUAAAAACUCAUUUGAGUAAAUCCUUCCAGACCAAAGACGAAGAUUGUCAUUGACGAUCCAGAAUGUGCUUCCUGCCAACACUACUCAGGUUUCCUCACGAGUCCAAAACGUCUGACAGUUCAGAGCUCAGCCUGAACCCUUUUAUAUGAUCACACAUCUGCUGUAACGCACCAGAGAUCUGUUUUUAUAGGAGAGUAAAGAUGCACACCGAUGCUAUUGGUGCAGAAACUUGGGUUGCCUUUUUGUUUAAAUUAUUUGAAGCGUCUGAUAAUCUGUGACCAAACUCAAGAGAAGGAAACACGACCUGUGCUUCAGUUUUAGUUUGGGAGUGGUUCUGUCCUUUCUAAUUCUUGUUUUCUAUGAAAUCAGCUCUUCUUUCAUACAGUUUUUUUUGAUAAUUUUGUGUAAAAUUCUCCUGAUGGUUUUGUUUAAAAACAAAUGGGUAUGGGAAAUGUUUUGGAAUAAAAUCAUAUCUUUA